GCGGGUCACAAGGCUAAGAAAGGGAUUGAAGUUGAUUUACGUUGGCACAAUGGCUACCGUCAAUCAGAUUUGGCCAUUUGAGAGAAGACGCUACCUAAAAGCCCAUGGAAUCACAACACUGUUCAUUUUGGAUCUAUGUUUGCGAUGUGUGAAUGGGUACCUGAGCUCCCCACACGUGGGCCAGGAGCCCCCUUACAGCCGAGAUGCUCAGCCAGUCAUCGCCAGCCCGGUGGUUCCUUCUCCAUCUGCAUCUCCAACGGAUUCAGAUGGCUAUGCUGCCAACUGCCCCAGUGGGGGUCAAUGCAAUAGACUGCCUGCUGACUGCUUCAACUGCAGCUAUCAUCACAACUGUAGCUAUGGCAAACCAGCGUCUUUCUCUUGUAAGGCCAAGAGAGGAGUCCACUGCACAGUGGAGUCGGGGAAGCAGCAGACCAACUUCUCCCUGUCCAUCACGUGCCAGUUCUGCUGGCAGCUGGACCUGUCUCAGUACAGGUGCUCCAACUCAACCAGCUGUAUGACCGUUGCCUGCCCUCGCAAACGCUACAACGCCCUCUGCCAAGUACUGGACCACGUACACUGCUUAGGUAAAAGAGUAUUUCAGAAACGUUUGUACUGCAACUGGACAGGAGGGUACAAGUGGUCUACAGCACUGGCACUCAGCAUUACACUAGGUGGAUUUGGGGCUGACCGGUUCUAUCUAGGCCAGUGGAGAGAGGGUCUGGGCAAGCUGUUCAGUUUCGGUGGCCUGGGCAUCUGGACCCUGAUUGAUGUGCUGCUGAUUGGAGCGGGCUAUGUGGGGCCAGCCGAUGGCUCCCUCUACAUCUGAGACCUGUGAUUGAUGCCCACUCCACAGGCAUGAUGGUUGUAGGGUUGAUACCCUCUCCAUUUCAGUUUAGACUGUCUGACUGUAAAUAUCCACUCCAUGGAGAUGCCAUCCCAUUAUCACACCAUCUGCUUGCCCAAACUCCCACUGUCUGCAAAGACUGACUUCUUGUCCCAUCUGCCACCAGUGCAGCUUCAAGGUCAGCCUUGUCAGGUCCGCCUCUAGAUCAUCAAGCCCAAGCAUCCUUCACUGAUAUACUGUAAUACAAGCUGCACUGAACAUCGUUUUGGAGUUGUUUGGUUAAUGGUGAUUAGAGUUGGUCAGGCUGAUAUGGACUGACUGGAGAAUGGGCGGUAGGGACAGUUAAGCAGUGCUUGGAAUUAUAUUGUAACAAUGGCCACCUAUGGUGCUCCAUGGUCAUGCAUAGGAGACCAGUAACCAUGGCUACAGAACACAAAAUGGACUUAUUAUUAUAAUACCGAUAACAGAAACAAAAAGUGCUUGGAAGAAAAGCAGUGUUUCUUCCCUGUAGGUUUUGUAAAAGCAUGUGGCACCUGCUAAGUGUGGUGGACGGUAAUGUGCAUCAGUGGAUAGCAGAUCAACCUUUCAGUGUUCUGUCUGCAAACCAACCAGCAAAAGAGUACUUGAACGGUUAUUUUCUUUGGAGUGUAACAUUGCAACAUGAAUGUCAGAUUGCUUGGUUGAAAAUGGUGUAACGGAUGUGAAACGGCUAGCUAGUCACCGGUGGUGCGCGCUAAAUAGCGUUUCAAUCGGUGAUGUCACUUGCUCUGAGACCUUGAAGUAGUGGUUCCCCUUGCUCUGCAAGGGCCGCGGCUUUUGUGGAGCGAGGGGUAACGAUGCUUCGUGGGUGACUGCUGUGUGCACAGGGUCCCUGGUUCGCGCCCAGGUAUGGGCGAGGGGACGGUCUAAAGUUCUACUGUUACAAUGGUAUUGCGCUACAACUCUGCAUGCCCAAAACACACAAUCUGUUCUCAUAAAGCUGUGCAGGCUUCAACUAGGUCACUAACUGGUUCAGAAUGGUUUUAGUACUAGUUUUCAAAGAACUUGUACAACAGGUUUUUUUCUUCAUCGCUAUUCGCCCAGCCCGAAUGGUUACGAUAUGUAGCCUCCCAUAUCCAGAGCUUGAGUAUGUGUGCUGCACAAACUGGUGAAAAUGUGUUCAUGUUCUGGAGGUAGGAUUUGUUUUUUUGGAACACUAAUGACUAUGUUUGAGAAUUGUAAAUAUUAAAUUUGUGAAAUAUUA